GGUCCUGAAGACUGGCACGAUCUAAAGCUGAACAAAACCAAUCAGUGUGGUGGAAAUAGACAAUCCCCAAUAAACAUCAAAACAAGCGAGGUUGAGGAAGAAGAUAGCUACCGUCGUUUAAAAAUCGCUUUUGACAACACAAGGGGACUUGUUACUGGAACGCUUGAAAACAAUGGGCAUUCACCUGAACUUAUAAUUGCUGAUUCCAAUGGAGCUUCACUAACUGGAGGUCCCCUUGGGAAUAACAAAUUCGAAUUAAUCCAGUUUCAUGUUCACUUUGGCUGUGUUAAUGAACGCGGGUCUGAACACAAGCUCAAUGGAAAACAACUGUCUGGUGAGGUAAGCGAUAACAACGACGUGAACCUUUUUUCUUUUACAUUUUACACGGUUCGGUAUUUCAGUUUUCUCAUAUCCUGCAUGGCCCGUGAUGUCUUUGUUAAGGGAAACGAUUACAAUGGACGAAACGAUUACCCAGGGCGGACGGGAAUGUAUAUAAAUCACCAAUAUUCAGUGCUGAGCCAUAUUACUCGCAAUUGCGGGCGCAGUGCUUUCUUGAGUGAUCUUUCAGUGGGCAACAAAGUGGGAGUAUGCAAAAGUUGAAAAAGAGUAACCAGAAGUUAUUGUUGUAUAGGAAACAUCUUACUAUUUAGACACUAAACGAUCAAGUGCCUCUACUAGGUCCCUACUUGAACCAACUCAUCGGGAAUGACCUUAAACUUCUUUUGUCUUCCNUUAAAAAUCGCUUUUGACAACACAAGGGGACUUGUUACUGGAACGCUUGAAAACAAUGGGCAUUCACCUGAACUUAUAAUUGCUGAUUCCAAUGGAGCUUCACUAACUGGAGGUCCCCUUGGGAAUAACAAAUUCGAAUUAAUCCAGUUUCAUGUUCACUUUGGCUGUGUUAAUGAACGCGGGUCUGAACACAAGCUCAAUGGAAAACAACUGUCUGGUGAGGUAAGCGAUAACAACGACGUGAACCUUUUUUCUUUUACAUUUUACACGGUUCGGUAUUUCAGUUUUCUCAUAUCCUGCAUGGCCCGUGAUGUCUUUGUUAAGGGAAACGAUUACAAUGGACGAAACGAUUACCCAGGGCGGACGGGAAUGUAUAUAAAUCACCAAUAUUCAGUGCUGAGCCAUAUUACUCGCAAUUGCGGGCGCAGUGCUUUCUUGAGUGAUCUUUCAGUGGGCAACAAAGUGGGAGUAUGCAAAAGUUGAAAAAGAGUAACCAGAAGUUAUUGUUGUAUAGGAAACAUCUUACUAUUUAGACACUAAACGAUCAAGUGCCUCUACUAGGUCCCUACUUGAACCAACUCAUCGGGAAUGACCUUAAACUUCUUUUGUCUUCCCCAGCUUCACAUGGUAUUUGGUCAUGAUGAAGAACCACGAGUUGUUGUAGCCGUUUGGAUUAAGGUACAACCUGCAGUCUACCUUCCUUCCAGCAAUUCGACCUCUAUAUAAACAUUUCAACUUACAUAUGCAGAGCAACCUUCCCCUCCCCUUCCCCUCCUUCGUAAAGAAGUAAAAUCCUAUUCUUGCAAAACGUGGCUAUAACCAUCCACAGACAAAAAAAUUCUAAUAAUUCAGAGCAGUUUGCUAUGAAAGUGCUAGUCUAUUUACUCAAGAAUAUUUUUUUUAUUUCCUUUAAAUUAAAUAAGGCCGAAAUGUGAAGCCUACAGAGACUUUCAUUAAUUUUUAACCAGUUGUGUCACCUUCGAAAAAAACGGGCACCUAAACCAGUCAAAAAAAUUGAAAUAAUGAAUUCUUGAGAAGUCUAUUUGGAUGCACCUGAAAAUAAUUAUGUGUGACCUGAAGUGGAAAUUAAAAUUAUAACAAGCCUUUUUGGAAGAUGGCGUCAUUUUAAUUCUACGACCAUAAUCCUUUCGUUUUUCCUGUUCAUAUAUAAAUUUGGUAAUCCCAGCGACAUUGCAAUUACCAAAGCCGUAAUUUGAAACAAAGCAAAACAUGAAGGAUUCUGGUCGUAGUAUUAGAGGAACGUCAUCUUGACGUCAUUCUAAAUUGUUUAAUUAUUAUAGGCAGCUUCCAAGGGAAACAAAAUUUUUGGGAAGUUGGCAAAUCUGAUGCACCACAUUAUCAAGCCUGGUAGGUGUUUUAGAGAAACUAUAAGCGAAGAAUACAAAAACAGCCAAAACCCAUCACCAUCUAGCAGCUACUAUUUAAUUGUGAUACCAUAGCGUAGUAGGAGGAUGCACCGACCCUCUUCGUGCUGUGAUAUAAUUUUCGUUAGAUUUUAGAGCGGGCAUGCUCCGCAAUAUCACAAAAUCAGAUCACAAGCUACUACUAACAAAGCUACUAAUACAAAAUGAGACCAAUAACUAAAAGCCUCCUCCGCUAGUCUGUUUCACAGCCGUUCUUUGUACUCGUCACGCAACGCUCUUCUUGGGGAGGAACGUUGCGUGACGACACAAAGAACGGCUGUACGUGGAGCAGACCAUUCCUUCGCAGGAUACUGUGAUUAAGGCAUAGUUUUAACAUAGCUUAAAACACACACAGUCGUGCAGCGCUUGUAGUCAUAUAUUCCAAAUUCAAAAUUGUUCCCUAACUUCCUUUCAUUAAAAGCAAGAUUGUUUUACUGGACAAUUGAUAAGACACGAGCCUCGAGUUACUUGCAUGGCUUCAAAAGAUAUAGCUUAGGUUCGUAGGUUAAACAAUUAUUUUAGGGUAUCAAAAAAUUGUUAUAAGCAGUUAGCUAUUAACAAUAAUGUCUCUCUGAUCCACCAUAAGAUUACAUUAAACCUUCUGUUCAACUGCCAGUUACAGAGCCAAUGAGAUGGAGACAAGUAUUUUGCAACUUUAAAUGUGGGUCUGAAUCUGGUGUGCGAACGUCGGUUAUUAGUUAAUAAUAUUUCCAACCCUAGAACAAUCCGUAAACUUUUUGCAUCUUGAGAACGCACCUCGAUAGCUUCCAAGUAAAAACAACCAAAAAUUCACGAACCUCUUUUGAGUUUGUGGGCAAAAUCUUACUGUGUGACCUCUGAAAUGUAAGGUACAAUUCACCGUCAUAUUAUUUUUACAGAGGAUACCUAUCCUGUGACGAAGGAACAUGGAAUUUAUUUAAAGGAUCUCAUUCCCAAAAAAUGCUCCAUUAAAAAGGGCAAUGGUAAUGGCAAAGGUGGUAAUGGUAAUGGCGGCAAUGGUAAUGGUGGCAAUGACAAUGGUGUCAGUGGCAGAAAUAAUAACAACAAUAAUGAUAAUGAAAAGAAGAAAGGAGGCGCCAAACGUUUGACUUUAAAAUGUUACUUCACUUACCGGGGUUCCCUCACUACGCCUCCUUGCACUCAAACAAUACGGUGGAUAGUUCUGAAAGAUUAUAUCCUCGCUUCUACCAGCCAGGUAUGUAAUGCUAACUAACUUGAAUUAAACCUAGCUUAAGGAAACUUCUACGCUUUACAAUUAGGAGUGUACACUCGACAAGUACUAAGAUAACACAUCGGUGGCUCAGCCACUUACUGUCAGAAUAAAUGAGACUUUCUUUGGAAGUGGGGUGAUGUUGGGAAGACAGUCUUUUCACUGGACUACUCGUUUUUGCCUUUUUUCUUAAAUUGGAGGACCUUUUGCCACAUAUGGCGAAUAUUUCAGUAGCAAAAGCGACCACUAUGUCCAACAUUUUAAAGUUUUUAACAUUGUAAUACAAACAAACAAUUGGAAUAACAUAUGACGUAUAGUAUGUUAAUAUUUCUUAGACAAGCUUAAAGGAGUCAACCGGCCUUUUGCACUGAUUAGUUGAACACGUGUUCAACUUUCUGUAAACACGAAAACAGUUAGCUUUUGAAAAAUUUGGUUAACAGGGACUGAAAGAGCAUAUUAAAAUUAGGUAACCUAUAAAUUUUCAGCCGUAUGUCGCAAAAUUAGCCAUGGCAACGGUCGCUGAAAAUUACGAGGAUUUGUAUGGUAAAAACAACUCUUGCCACCCUGGCAGUCACGAUUAAGUGGUUUUCCAUACAAACCCUGUAAAUUUGGAAAUUAAGGGGCUUAAAUCUCCUUUUUAUUCAUAACAGGCAAUUUGAGCCCUUAAAUACGUAAGGGAAAGAUUUAAUAACAGUAUUUACAAGGAUUUUGCAAAUUAAGGCCUAUUCUACAAGAUUACAGGCAGGCUCCUCUGUUGCAUAUGCGACAACGUCAGACCAACACAUUCACUGUAUUUAAAUUGAACCACAAACUGUUAGUUUAAAAAGCAAAUGAUGCGUCGUUAAUAAACUAAUUGAUUAAUUUUGUUUGUUUUUUGUGUUCUAGCUCGAAAAGUUCAGGAAACUUGAAGCAAAGUAUUAUGGUCCGCACAUGUGCGACAACUUCAGACCUGUCCAAAAAUUGAACGACCGCGAUGUCUACUCCGUCUCAAAAAAAAAUAAUGACAAGUGA